AUGAAUUAAUUAAUUUAAGAAUUAGAAUGCCGCCAUUCAACAGCAAUUCCAAUUAUUUAUAGUUUGCUUUCAAGUUUUUUCUUUGCCUUGACUGCUUUGACUAUAAAAUUAGUACCAAAUGUGCCUCCAACAUAAGUGUUGUAUGUUAGAUCAUUGUUUACAAUAAUGAUGUUAAAAUGGAUUGCUAAGGAUAAAAUUGAUAGUUAUCCAUAGAAAUAGAUAAAUAAAUUAUAAUGGAGAGGAUUAUGUGGUGGUUUGGGAACAGUAGGUUGGUUUUGGGCAGUUCGUUUGAUUUAGUCCUCUGAAGUAAUUGUGUUAUCAAAGAUUUCACCUUUAUGGACAGCUUUAAUAGCUGCUUAUAUUACAAAGACUGAUAAAUUAACAUUAAAACUUAUAAUAAUAAUUUUAUUUUGUAUCAUUGGUGUAAUUUUGAUAGCAAGACCUCCUUUUUUAUUAAUGGCUCUAGGUUAAGAUGUGAAUUAAAAUACAGAAUAUGAUAUUCAUAUGUUAGGAGUGAUAUUAGCAUUAUCAUCUUCAAUUACAUAAUCAAUAGUUUAAGUGAUUAUAUCUCAUUUAGCUAAAUCUGUUCAUUAGAUUGCAAUUCUAUAAUACUUUUCCUUUUAUACAAUAAUAUUACCUAUGCUUUUUGAAUUGUAUAAUUAAUCAUAAUUAAUAUUUCCUUCUUAAUAAGAGUGGGUAUUUUUAUUAUUGAAUAGUGCAUCAGGAGGUUUAGCUUAAUUUUUUAUGAAUAGAUGUUUUAUAUUAGGUAAAUUGAAUAAGAUGUCACUUGUUGGAUAGUCAUAAGUAUUGUUUAGCUAUUUUUUUGACAUUGUAGUUUUGAAUGAAAGUAUUAAUAGUUUAAGCAUAAUUGGAAGUAUUUUAGUAUGUGGAUGUUUGAUUAGUGUGAUUUUAUGA